CUCAGUUACUACUGCGUAGUCAACUACCACGUCUUGGUGAGAAACAGGCAGAUGUCGAUCGUGGCUCGAUCGUGCCGACUUGCAUCCGCCAAGCCCGUUCCGUCUGCGGUGCCAAAAAAGAACCUCAACCAACUCUGCUUGAUUGCCUCGCCUCGCUUCCCUGUUACCACUACUGCUACUACUGCUGCUGCUGCUGCUUGCCUUUUCCCUCCUGGUGGCCAUCCUUCGAACGCGACUCGCCCACCUUCUUUCAUCACUUCACAAUCCCUCCGAGCUUCCUCUGGCCUCCUCCCCGUUACCGGUUUUCCUUUCCUACUAUCUUCGCUCCUCCUCGUUCCCCUCCUUAUCGCCUCCGUCGGUCGCUCGUUCGUCCUCCCGCGAAGCCCCCAGCUCGUUCGCUUUAGGGGUCCAUUCGGUCUUGGAACCAACCACAAACAUUCUAGAGAGGUGGAAGGACAGGGAAUCACGGCACGACUUAUACAAUCAUUCAGCUAGUCAGCCUAAUUCGUGCUUGUCCGUUCAUUCGCUGGUUUCUCGAGUUCGCCCAUCGUCGCAUUCCAGCCUUCGACUUCCACGGACGGAUCCCCUUG